UAUUUUUCAGCUUACAUGACGCAUAGAAUAGAAAUCCAUCAGACAUGGACACUGUGGAUGAUUUGAAAAGGAAACUCCACCAGGCUGAAAAAGAAAAUGUUGAAUUACUUACUCAACGCAAGCAAGAGAAGUCCCAGUAUGAAAAAGAGAUAAUUAAAUUACGUUUGGAACUUGAGAGAGGGGAGGCUAUUCGUCGAGGUCUGGAGUAUGAAUUGUCAGUGGCCAGAAAAGAGGCUCAGAUGCAAAUGUAUGCCGCAGAAGAGGAGCUGUGUGUUGCAAAAAGUGAACUUGUGGAACUGCAAGUACUCAGUGGCAAAAAUCAGCAGAAAGUGGCAGAGGCUGAGAAAUCAUUUUAUAAGGCUCAGCAGAAAUGGGAAGAAGAACACCAAAAAUGUGCAAAGGAGAAGGACGAUAUUCGUAGAGUUUACCACCAUGAAAUUCUAUUCCUUGUCAAAGAAAAAAGUGAAGCAGAAAGGACUGCUCAGGACCUGAAUGAUGCACUGCAAAAUAUGCACAGGAAAUUGAGGGAUAUAGAGGCAGAACACAAUGGCUGCAGUGACAUGCUGAGGCGCCAGGCCUUCGAGCUGGAAUUCAGAGCUGACCGACACCAACGACUCAUGAAAGAGCUUGAAGCAGCUACAGAAAGAACUAGAAAACUGGAAGGAGAUACUGAAGCAGCGAGAGCAGCACAUUUGGAAUGCAAGUACACUACACGGAUAAUGCAGUUAAGAAUUCAAGAACUCGAAGAAGCUUUGAAUUCAGAAAAGGGCAACUCAGCAGAAGCUCUUUCAGUGUUACAAAAUAUGAAGAGAGAUUUCAGAAACUCAGCAAAUGCACAUGAGAGGGAACAAAACGUAUUACAAAGGGAGCAUUUCUCCUCAAGCAAGCAACCGAAAGAGAUGACUGAGGAAAAGAAGGAAAACAGAGGUCUCUCUGGGAAACUAGACCUUACCAAAAGCAGCUCCAACAUGUUACCAGAGGAAAGUAAAAUGGAGGAAGUGCAUGUUCUCCGUAGCUUAUACCAGCAUCUGGUAGAAGGCUGUGUGCUUACAAAGCAACCAGAAGUUCCCAUAGACAGUUUGACUUGGUCAGAGCUUUGUGUCCUCUUGUAUGAAAAUAUUGAUACCCUGGUCUUAGACUUCAGGAGGGCUCAAGACAAGAUAUCUCACCUGGAACAUGUUUGCAAGGACAAAACUGAUACUAUGAGGGAUCUUCAGCAGAACCAAGAAGAUGCUUUUCAAAAUAUAGCUGAACAGUUGAAAGCACAGGAACACUGUUGGCAGAAAGAAAAAAAGCAUCUUGAACUGCAAUAUUCAAGUCUCCUUGCUGAAGCUCACGCAAGAGCAAAGGAAUACCAAGCAGCAGCACAGCAAAACAGGGAAAGAAUGUAUGCCCUUGAAAAAACCCAGGAGAAACUGGCCCAUGAAAAUAUUUCUGUGAGAAAUAGAUUAACAGCUGUUCAGAGGGAGCGUUCAUCUCUCCUGGCAGCUUGUGCACUGUUAUCUGGUACCCUGUGUCCCCUCUACAACCGACUAUGUGCUAUGGCUUCCCAAAAAGACCUUCUCCAGGAUCAGGUCAACUUUUACGAAUUUCUGAACCAGAGGAUUGAGACUAUAGUUCAUAAUUUCCCUGCUGAAGAGGAAAACAAUCAAGAUGAAGCCAGACGAAGACAAAGGAGAGCCAAAGACCUGGUUUAUGUAUUCCGAAGAGCUGUGAUUGUAGUUUUGGCAGCCAAUAGACUCAGAGCUGCAGCCCGGUCUUCUACUUCCCUCUUCACCUGGACAAAUGGCUUAGAAGGAGGCAAUGGGAUUCAAGUUUGUGUGGGAGAAUCUGAAGGCAGACGUUAUAGAGGUGGAGCUGACUGCCUUGAAGCACUUGGCUGGUUAACUAGCUCUAACCUCCAUUCUGCAAUAAUCAGUUCCCUCUCUGAAUUGCAGGAUGUCCUUAGCAAACCAGAUCCAAACUCCUGGCUUUCUGGAAACUCACUUAUAAAUGCAGCCAGGAGCUCCUUUUCAAAACUUAUGGACAAGCUGUGCUUGAUGCUGGGGACGGUUCCACUAAAUUAUCCCAGGUGCAUCACUUACCUGGAGAAGGACUCCUUGAUACAGAGGCUGGCUUGUGGACUUCUCAGAAUAAAUAACCAGGCCCUGGAAGCUGGAUUGCAUGAGAGACUGCCCAGUGUGAGAAAUGUAACAUCCUUGCAGCAGCUGGUGUUUGAAUACACACGAAGACUUCAUAUGGCAGAGACAAAGUGCCGCUCAAUGGGCCUGCAACUUGAAGAAUUCAAAUGGAGUUUCAAUGAGAUGAAAAAGGAUGCUGAAAAAGCCAGGAGCCUGCAAGAGCAAUUAAAUACAUUACAGCAUAGAAUGAUCACCCAAGACAAUAUACAGGAAGAAUUAAAUAAUGCGUUACAGCGUGAGCACGAGGCAAGACUGCUUUUAAUUAAACAGGAGCAACAGCUAAAUGAAUUAAACAAUAGACUACAAAUACUCUCCAGCGAAACAGCAGAUAAAGGCCAAGACCUAAAUCUAUCCAUAAGGAGUCUCCCAGAGACAGCAAUGGAUAUGAGAAGAAAAGACCGAGUUCUGAACCACCAAAAAAGGCUUCUUACCCAAAUGGAGCAGGACAGGCGUCGACUGCAAGAGAGUGUCCAAAAUGCAGAGCGCGCCCUACGUACAGCAGAGAAUGACAGAGAAUUGAUCAUUACUCAUAUGAAAGCUGUGGAAACCACGCUUCAGAUGGUCAGAGAGCAGACCUUGGUGCAAAGUGGUGCAGCAGCCACAACUGAGUUCUGCCUGGAGCUACCCAGACUGCAAAUAGAUGCCCUUCCAGAUGAAGAACUGUGGGGCAGGCCAGAGGCUAUAGCAUUCCAGGACUUGAUUCGAAGUUUUAUGGACAUCUACCAACUUGCAGCUAGUAGAAUUGAAACAUUACUGAGAGAAUCUCCUCAGCUUCACACUGCAGCCCAAAGAUCCAGACAACAAACAUUCACCUUUCGUGAAAGUUAUGAAAGCGGGAAAGAGUCUAAACAUCCAAGUAGCUUCAAGCUAGAUAGUCAGGCUGACCAGAGUUACGUCCCAGAGUUUUUGCUAUUGCCAGCAGAAGCUGAAAUGUCUUCCAGCAUGAAACUACAAAGAGCUGACAGAAGCAGUACUCGGUCUCCCAUCCACAUGUCUGCUGAUGUGAUACUAGACAGAAGCAGCAGUCUAUUUCCAACCCAAAUGUUCUCCAGUGGGAUAUCAGACAGAAGCAGUACUCAGCCUUCAAUCCACCUGUCCUCCAGUGGGGUACCAGACAGAAGCAGUACUCGUGUGACACCAAACAGAUCUAGUUCGCUGCCUUCAAUCAGGUCUUUCAGCCAGGAUCUCUUAUCCAGUACUAGAAAAACAGAAGGAAAUCAAUUUUCAGAGUCUUAGCUAUGUCAGUUUCCCUUAGCUAUAUGUCAGCUUCCCCUUCAGAAGGAAAAAAAUCUGUUAGUAUAAAAUGAUGUAAUUAAAAAAUAAUCUAGCAACUACCUUGGAGUUGUAGUUUGGU